AUGUUCCCUACUACCAUCCGUAACUUUGCCGUAUCAGCUCGAUCCAACAUGUCCAAGGUCUUCUUCGAUAUCGCCAUCAACGGUGCCCCCGCCGGCAAGAUCACUUUCGAGUUGUUCGACGACGUUGUUCCCAAGACCGCCGCCAACUUCCGUGCUCUCUGCACUGGUGAGAAGGGAUUCGGAUACGCCGGAUCGAGCUUCCACCGAGUCAUCCCCCAGUUCAUGCUCCAGGGAGGUGACUUCACCAACCAUAACGGAACCGGUGGAAAGUCCAUCUACGGCAACAAGUUCGCCGACGAGAACUUCAAGUUGACCCACACCCAACCCGGACUUUUGUCCAUGGCCAACGCCGGACCCAACACCAACGGAUCCCAGUUCUUCAUCACCACCGUCAAGACCUCGUGGUUGGACGGAAAGCACGUCGUUUUCGGCAAGGUCGUUGACAACUACGACUUGGUCAAGAAGAUCGAGUCUUACGGUUCCGACUCCGGUAAGCCCAAGGCCGAGGUCAAGAUCACCAACUCUGGUACCUGUUAA